AUGGUCAGCAACAAGGACGUUGAGCCUGACGACGCUACCAACCCAAAGGCGUCACAAGCUCCUGUUCCUACGCCGGCCCAACAUGAAACCGACGAUUUUGGCCUGCCGAUUCGACGCUAUAUAGCCCCGGCUAACGACGCGACACUGCCGAAGGCUGACGUGGGGGUCGACAAUGUGAUGACGACCUCGGAAACAGCAGACGAAGUGAAUAAUCAGACAAAGGAUGCAGACUCGUCCACUCCUGCGCCGGAACUGAAGGACCAAAAGUCAUCAACCUCAUCUGCAGGCUCCAAGGAUAGUAACCGGGCAGCGGAGAGUGGUAGUGAGAGCGACGAUGCUCCCUUCGAGGACGCUCGGAGUGCGAUGCCUGCAACUUCAUCUGUUGCGUCUGCUCGCGAGCCUGCAGUUUUGACGUCGGGAGCACAAACCCAAACUGCGGAACCAGAAAAAGAAGUCAAAGAGAAGGAUCAUGCUUCGAUAUCCACCCCUACUGUGAGCCCAGACGAAACCGCUUCACGCGGUGCGCAAACCCCAAAACCAGAAUCCGAAAAGGCCGACCCCGUUGCCAAUGGCACAAAGCCUCCCGUACCAGAUGAGAAACAGGCCGAAGGAACUGCUUCUAGCUCGGAGCAAACUAAUGAGAAUCCCAAGAUUUCGCAUACCCGAGAUGUCAGCGCUGUUAGCAUUGGUAGCGGCCCUCAACCAGUCCUCUCAGAGUUCUCACAUCAGCAACUUUCCACGCAGCAUCAAGGUGAAAAGGAAGACGACGAUGGUGGUUGGCAAACUAUGCCAGCGUUCGCUCCGUACGACAUUUAUGACGACGACAAUCGUUUGAUUGCGCGAGAACACAAUGAGGAGGAGGACGAGAAAUAUGGCUAUAGUGGCCUUGGAGGCGCUGGAAAGGGAUACACUCGUGUUAUAAUGGAUGAGGAUGCCGAGUCUGCUACUAGCUUGGACGACAAUACGCAAUAUCUGUUCCAGGAAUCAAAGAAAGGCACGGGUCUUGCGGAUGACGAGGGCCGUGAUGCUGUCGCUCAAAUGCAAGCUACGAAAGACCUGUUGACCGAGGGCCAGAGAAUAGCUUACGUUGGGGUGGUGCGCUUGGAGAUUGCCAAGAUGGUUAAGGAGGCGGAAGAUUUGGAGGUCACCAAGAAAAUAAAAAAGUUGGUCAAUAUGAGUGCCGAAUCCGAAAAGAUGUGGGGUCAGAAGAUGAUGAUUCGCCUCUACUCUCACAUGGAUAUCAGCGAAGCAGAACAGGUCAUGAUUGAGCAACUUGCCGAGCAUGGUGUCAUACCCAAGGACUUGACGCCAGCACUGCAUGCCAACUCCAGAGUCCACAACCCCAUGGCCGAAGACCGGACAUCAGUCGACAAGAGCACCGGGUCAACUUCCGUGUCCCCUGGGCCCUCGACUCCCGACGAUGAGAAGCCAGCUGAGAUGCCACCGCCAUACGAAAGCAUCGACCAUAGCGAAGUCCCGGACGCGCAGACACCCUCUCAACUUCCCACAACCGAAAAAAUCGAUAUUGACCUACGUUGGACCGUUCUCUGCGAUUUGUUUCUCAUCUUGAUUGCUGAUUCAAUAUACGACGCCCGCUCUCGGGUGCUUCUGGAGCGUGUAGCUGACAGUCUGGAAAUUUCCUGGAUCGAUAUAUGCAAAUUUGAGAAGCGUGUCACCGAUGCCUUGGAAAUGCAACAAGCGGCUGAAAAAGAGAACUGGAACGAAGAGGAACACAUGGAAUCUCGAAGGAAACAAGCACAAAAGAGAAGAUACAUGAUGAUGGGCCUCGCAACCGUUGGAGGUGGGUUGGUCAUUGGAUUGUCAGCCGGGUUGCUUGCACCUGUCAUUGGAGCUGGCCUUGCUGCUGGUUUCACUACCAUUGGCGUCACCGGCACGAGUAGUUUUCUGGCCGGAGCAGGUGGAGCAGCCAUUAUUACUUCAUCCGCUGCUGCUUCAGGUAGUGUAAUUGGCGGUCGAGCUGCCAAUAGACGAACAGGUGCGGUAAAGACGUUCGAGUACCGACCCCUGCACAACAACAAGCGAGUCAAUCUCAUUGUGACGGUAUCAGGUUGGCUGACAGGAAAAGUGGACGACGUUCGCUUGCCCUUCAGUACUGUGGAUUCUGUCAUGGGAGACAUCUAUUCUGUGCUGUGGGAACCGGAAAUGCUGCGAAGCAUGGGUGACACGAUUAAUAUUUUAGCUACAGAGGCCCUCACCCAAGGUUUGCAGCAGAUUCUGGGUAGCACCAUUCUUAUGAGUUUGAUGGCCGCCUUGCAGCUCCCUAUUGUUUUGACAAAGUUGUCAUAUCUAAUCGACAACCCGUGGGCUGUCUCUCUUGAUAGAGCCACGGCCGCGGGCUUGAUUCUGGCUGACUCACUCAUGGACCGCAGUUUGGGGACGCGGCCAAUUACCCUUGUUGGAUAUUCUCUAGGCGCUAGAGUCAUCUUCUCCUGCCUGCAGGAGCUCGCCAAGCGCGGCGCGUACGGGCUGAUACAAAACAUCUACCUCUUUGGCUCACCCAUCGUUGUUAAGAAAGAAGAAUUUGUCCGCGCAAGGACUGUUGUAUCAGGACGUUUUGUAAACGGCUAUAAUCGUAACGACUGGAUUCUUGGAUACCUUUUCCGACUAACCAACGGCGGGAUUCGUAGAAUUGCCGGACUGGCUCCCGUUGAGGCGCCUUGGGUGGAGAACAUAGAUGUUACAGAAGAGGUGCCGGGCCAUAUGCAAUAUCGAACAGCGAUGCCUACCCUCUUGAUAAAAUGUGGUUGGGUAGUAGAGAGCGAAGAGUUUACUGAAAUAGAGGACCCUGAUCCUGAGAAUCAUGAGGAGCGACAACGAGAACUUAUCAACGAAAUCGAAGAAGCUCGGAAGGAGCUAGAAAGGGAAGGGAAGGCCAAGAAGAGUGGCCGAUUUAGUCUCUUUGGACGACGCAAGAAGGCCGAUCGCCAGGAGUGGGAAGUGUAUGAAGAGUCAGCUGCCAAGGGGGGCAAGGAAGACGGUAAUGGCGGGAAAGUAGAAGACAAGAUUGGCAACAAUCACGGUGUUCUCUUUGAUGUUGAUGCUAUUCGCGCUGAGCUGGCAAAGGAAUCCUAUGGUGACGCCGACGUGGAGACGGCUCUUCAAGUCAAGGAGAUUAAGUCGACUCUGCCGCCUAUGAAACUUGACAUUUGUCCUACUACACCGUCGCUUUCGUCCCCAAUAGCAGAUGGUCGAAGCUCCCUGCGGGAGACAAGGAGCGCUGACGUUCUCACUGUUGGGAGGAUGGGCUUUGGAAGCCCUAAUGGAUCGCGGGACCUAUCCCCAUAUCACACGAAUAUGCACGAGGAAGAAGUCCAAAUGACGUUUGAUACGUCAUUUGACGACUCGGCACACACACAUACGCAGGCUGCUCCAUCAACCAACGGCGAGAGCAGCCUCACGCGUCCGGAAAUGAAGAGUUCACAAACAUUGCCGAAUAUGACGAUUUCAGAUCCAUGGGCAGAUCCAGAGGAUGAAGACUUUGGCAAAGAAAAGGAGAUUUCAAUGACUUUUGCAUAA